AUGGAUCUGACGAAUGACACUACGGUCAUCACAGACAGCGACAGGGGCGUCUUAUUGGAUGACUCCUCAACUCGCGUCCUAACUGGCUGUUUCCUCUCGCUGCUCAUCCUCUCCACGUUGCUCGGCAACAUCCUUGUGUGUGCCGCCGUCACCAAGUGCCGUCACCUGCGUUCCAAAGUCACCAACUUCUUUGUGAUCUCGUUGGCCGUCUCCGACCUCCUGGUCGCUGUCCUGGUGAUGCCGUGGAAGGCCGUGACGGAGGUCGCAGGGUUCUGGCCGUUUGGCUCGUUCUGCGACACUUGGGUGGCGUUCGACAUCAUGUGCUCCACGGCGUCCAUCUUGAACCUGUGUGUGAUCAGUGUGGACCGUUACUGGGCAAUCUCCAGCCCGUUCUGCUAUGAGAGGAAGAUGACUCCUAAAGUGGCGUUUGUGAUGAUCAGCGUGGCCUGGACGCUCUCCGUCCUCAUCUCCUUCAUCCCCGUCCAGCUCAGCUGGCACAAAGCUCAGACCUUUACCUCCAUCACUACCUCCACAACCCCACCCUACAGCCUCCAGCCCGCCCCAGACUCCUCUAACCCUGUUGGGGAUAACAACACACAUCAGGCCCCCCGGGACUGGGAUAACUGUCACUUCAGCUUGAACCGGACCUACGCCAUCUCUACCUCUCUGAUCAGCUUCUAUAUCCCAGUGAUCAUCAUGGUGGCCACCUACACCCAGAUCUACCGCAUCACUCACCGUCAGAUCAGAUGCAUCGCCACCCUAGAAAGGGCCGCAGAGAGCGCCAAGAACCGACAGAACAGUAUGGGUGGAGGUGGCGGAGGAUCCAGCAUCUCCGAAUCAGAGAGCUCGUUCAAGAUGACGUUCAAACGGGAGACAAAGGUCCUGAAGACGCUGACUCUGAUCGUGGGCGUGUUCGUGUGCUGCUGGCUGCCCUUCUUCAUCCUGAACUGCAUGGUGCCGUUCUGUGAGUCGUCGCCCCGCGGUGCCGCCGCCUCCUUCACCUGUAUCAGCCCCACCAUGUUUGAUGUGUUUGUGUGGUUGGGCUGGGCCAACUCUUCCAUCAACCCCGUCAUAUACGCCUUCAACCCAGACUUCCGUAAGGCCUUCUCUAUCCUCCUGGGCUGCCACAGACUCUGUCCCGGAGAUCACGGCAUGUCUCAAUAAGA